GAGGGACAGGGUGUGCAUAGAAGAAUUGCUCUCUUCAGCCGAAAGCUCUCCCAUGAUCUCCGAAAAUAGAUGAAUAUGUAGAGUAGACAGCUAAAGUAGAAGAAACUCGCUCAGUAGUCAGCUGCUAUUAGAAUGAAUCUGUUGUUUCUCAGCCGGCGAAUUUUUACGGGCGAUGGCACCCAAAACGACCUGAUCCAUGGCGGCAUUGUCGUGGACACCGAGGGCAUUAUACGAAGAGUGCUGCGUUCACCGCAGGAGGUCAACACCUAUUUGUACAACACAGAAUCCGAAUCGGUAUACGAUUUUGGGGACCUGGUACUGAUGCCGGGUCUGAUUGAUGCCAAUGUCCAUAUCAACGAGCCGGGUCGCAGGGACUGGGAGGGAUUUACAAGUGCCACCAAGGCGGCGGCAGCUGGUGGCUUCACCACAAUCAUCGACCGACCCACCAACGCCCAACCACCCACCGUUAGUGUGGCCCAUCUCAAGGCCAAGACAUCGACGGCCCGCGGAAAGAUCUAUGUGGACGUGGGCUUUUGGGGUGGUCUGGUGCCCGGAAACGGGGCUCAGCUGGCUCCCCUUUUGAGUGCCGGUGUCAUGGGUCUGCAGUGCACACUGUGCGAUCCAGCGGCGCCCGUCUCCCAGGAAUUUCCCGCCGUUAACGAGGCUCAGCUGGAGGAGGCUCUUUCCCAGUUGGACAAGGAUCAGGCUGAAGGUGAUGCUCUAAUAGCGGUGCACGCCGAACUGCCGCUGACCACCGAAAUCCAGCCCGACGAAGAGGCGCCCCGGGAGUACGGCACAUUCCUGGUGACCCGUCCAGCCCAAAUGGAGAUUUCGGCGACGCAGCUGCUCUGCCGACUGGCGGGUCGUCACCCGCGGCGCUGCAUACACAUCCUGAACUGCAGCAGCGGCGAAAGUCUGCCGCUGGUGGAGGAGUGUCGCCGGCAGGGCGGGAAUCUAACGGUGGACACCUGUCCGCAUUACCUGGCCCUGGCGGCCGAGGAUGUGCCCAAUUGCGGCACGGAGUACAAGACCUGGCCACCGAUUCGGGAGCGCCGCAAUCAGGAGCGGUUGUGGCAGGCUAUACGGCUGGGCGGAGCCAUCCGGAUGAUUGGCAGCGAUCACUCGCCGGCGACGCCGGGCGCACGCGCCCUUACCUGUGGCAGGGGGCGUGGCAACUUCCUGAAGGCGUGGCCGGGCAUCAACUCGCUGCAACUCAGCUUGCCGGUCGUGUGGACGGCGGGGAAACGGAGGGGAUGCAACUUGACCAUCGCGGACAUCCAUCGUCUGAUGUGCCAGGAGCCGGCGAACCUGUGCGGCUUGUCCGCCUCGAAGGGCCGCAUUGCCGAGGGCUACGAUGCGGACUUCUGUGUGUGGAGUCCCGAGGAGGAGUUCAGCGUGGGUCCGGAGCUGCUCCACACGGCCACGAAGGCCACCCCGUACGCGGGUCAAAGGUUGCGCGGCGUGGUGCAUGCCACGGUGGUGCGGGGCCUGCAUGUAUACCAGCAGUUCGAGGGCUUCGGCCAGCCGCUGGGCAAGGUGCUACUCCGGAGGAGCAGCCGAAAACUGGUCAAGUUCGUGAGCAUGUGAGGGAUGGGACGGCAGCACGUUGGACGUCAAAUGGACUUAGGUGAACUGGGGUGGACUGGGGUGGACUGAGCUGGAUCGGGGGCAAACUUUGUUAAUUAAAAUCAUUAGGAGUUUGGCCCUUGCUCGUUGAUAUUCCGUAGUCAACUUGCCUUCUUAGCGAUACACUUACCCAUGGGUAUAGUUAUUUUUUUCCAGCAAAUGCUUCCAAAAAUUAGCCCUUCUUACACCUCAUCUUUAAACAGUAACU